AUGGCUCUUAAAAAUCUUAUUAGUUUGUGGACCUUAAGUCUAUGUGUAGUGGCCAGCAAACUUCCAGUCCCGUCCAACACAGACCCACAAUUUAUAGACGAGUGCGUCCAGACCCACAACGAAUUUAGGGCCAUUGUCAACCCCCCGGCGACCGACAUGAAACACAUGUUUUGGGAUGCAAGCUUGGCAAAGGUGGCUAAAGAGUGGUCAGCAGAGUGUAAAUUUCAACAUAACAGUUGUUUAUCAAAACCAUUUGGAUGCACUGAAGGCUUUCAAUUUCUUGGAGAAAACAUUUGGUUAGGCGAUCUUAAAAUCUUUUCACCAAAAUCUGCUAUCACUGCUUGGUAUAAUGAAACUGCAUUUUAUGACUUUGAUACUAAAGCUUGUUCUAAAGUUUGUGGCCAUUAUACACAGGUAGUUUGGGCUAAAUCAUAUAAAGUUGGUUGUGGAAUUUCAAAGUGUUCUAAUCUUGGCACAUCUUCAACUUCACUAUUUGUGUGUAACUAUGGACCUGCAGGAAAUUAUGUAAAUACGUCCCCUUACACCAAAGGAGAACCCUGCUCCAAGUGUGCUGAAGGAGAGAAAUGCGUCAAUAAGCUGUGCCGGAAAGGGGGCUAUGACCGUUCUGGCUUCUUCGAGCUGAAAGGGGGUGGUGUUGAGAAAGCAGUUUUGGAGUCCCCCUUUUAA